CACGUAUAAUAUGUUUGCCUGGCAAAACUCAUUUUUGCAAUUGGCAAAAGUCGAUUCCUUACCUUUCGACGGACGUGUUAAAAGGGCUUUGACUUUUGAUAUGAAUUUAUUAUGGAAUCGAACUUCGACGGUUUGA